GGCUCUUAGAAUGAAAUAUCAUAACAACCUCGCCAUCCUAGAACCAUCACACACCAUGCCUAGAAUUAACGAGUUGGAACAGAGUGGUCGAAUGGUCAAUCACAAGACCUUCGACCCUCUGGGGGCUACUCUUCCGGAGACCCCGAAGUCCCUCGCCGAGGGGCAUGAGGGCGCUGCCACCACCAUCGAGUCAUCUUGCGAUGACUCGAGCGACGAUGAUGAUGAUCUGAUCUUCAUGUCUACAAGCAGUAGCAGCGCGCUGAUAACAUCGGCGGAUGUCGUCGGUGCUCUCGGCGCGACGUACGCCGCCGCCGUCAACGGUGUUCGAUGCUUCCUCUCCUCCGCGUACGAGUACGCCGAGCUCGUGCAGUCGGUGCUCGCCGUCGCCACCACCACCAUCGCCGCCGUGGUGGUGAAGGCCAUCAUGCUUCUUACUAUCCACGGGCUGCCGCCAAGGUUCGCCCAAAUCGCCAAGGGUGCGGAGGUGUCUGCGGACGCGAUCUCGGUCGAGAUCGUGGUCCCGGCCUGCCAUCGGUUCUUGGACUGGCCCUCAGUCGUGUGA